AUGAAGAGAUCCACACCAGAUAACCUUGAGUCGGGUGAUAAUCUCAAGAGCUAUUCAUGUUUGACUUGUCGGCAGCGCAAGGUCAAAUGCGACCGGUGCACUCCCUGCUCCAAUUGCGUCAAGGCCGAGAAGCAAUGCAGCUUUAUUCCUCCUGUGCGCGGGAAGCGAAAAAGAACAAAACCUCCCAGAGAAAGUCUCCAUGCCAAGUUAAGACGAUACGAGGAAUUGUUGAAAUCUUGUGGCGCAAAGUUUGAGCCAUCGGGAGAUUUCGAUGACUCGGAGUCGGAAACGGCAUCUCAGCCUGAUGUUCAGAUGGAUGAGGAUGCUGCCCCUCCAAGCCAACGCAUCAACCUUGAAGAAACUAAACCAAAGCUCAUCAUCGAUAGGGGCACGUCUAGAUACUUUGAUAGUGCACCUUGGUCUAGCCUAGGAAAUGGAGACGGUGGGCUGUUCUUCGAACCUGAGCAAAUUAAUAAGCCCGAGAACCUGGCAAACCUUCACCUCUCGCUCCAGACAUUAUCAAAGUUAAAAGAUAUCUAUUUAGAUCGCGUUGACCCUAUGAUAAAAAUCUUACAUUUGCCUACAUUCUGGAUCUCAGCAACCGACAGGCUGAGUGAUCCUCAAAGCAUGCCGACAGACUUGGAGGCAAUGAUGUUUGCUUUCUACCUUGCGACAAUCUCUACUUUGAAAGAAGAUGAGUGCCAACAUCUAUUUGGAGUGCGGAGAUCAGUCAUGCACUCCCGCUAUAGAAUGGCAGCUCGGCAAGCUUUGAUGAAUGCAGGGUUCCUAUCAACGUCCAGUCCGACGACCCUUGCUGCAUAUGCAUUAUUCAUGGUAAGUUGUAACUACCAAGCUUUCUUAAUAUUCAGCUCACACAAGAAGACAUGUAUAAGAAAAAGCUACAAAUGCGAUACCCUAUUCGUCUUAUCAGGCGUCGCUAUACGACUUGCGCGCAAAAUGGGGCUCCAUCGGGAUAGCUCGGCUCUUGGACUGUCUCCGUUCGAAUCGGAGAUGCGAAGGCGACUUUGGUGGCAUUUAGCUUAUGUGGACUUCCGCCUGGCCGAUGUGCUGGGGACGAAACCGUCGCUGGAUCUUUCCUGCAGCGAUAACCAAAUGCCUCUAAAUGUCGAGGAUGAGGACCUCCACCCUGACAUGGUCGAUCCACCAUUAGAACGCCGCGGAAUCACUACUACUACUCCUUGCUUGAUCAAAUACGUGAUCAUGGAGAGUUUGCGUAAAUUUUCAACAUCGUGUCCUAGUGAAUUACGUUGGGAGGCACUCUCCAGCCCGGAUGUCACAAUCAUGAAAAAGGACAGCAUCAUCGGUCACAUUGAGGAUCAACUGGAAAUGAAGUAUCUGCGGUAUUGCGACCCGUCGAACUCACUUCAUACUUUUGUAUCAAUCAUGAUCAGGUCAUCGAUUUGCAAAAUGAAGCUCUUUGCGCAUAAUCCACGACAAUUCGCCAAUAAUCCCAUCAAAGUCCCCCAAGACGAGCGCAACAUAUUCUUCGAUAACGCUAUGAAGUUAUUAGAGUAUGUCAUUUUUAUGCAAGAAGGGUCCCAUGGCCUAGGAAAAUAUAAAUGGCAUUUUGGCACGAGUGUUCUCUGGAAUGUGAUACUCUACGUGCUCAUCGAAAUUCGGCACCGGAAAACUGGGUCUGACGUUGAUAAGGCAUGGAGGCUGAUAGGAACAGUGUUCUCCUACUACCCUCAGGUGUUUGAUGAAUCCCCUGGGCCUGUAUAUAUAGCACUAGGCAAGUGGACGUUAGAGGUUUGGGACGACCACGUUGCGGCCUUGAAGGCAGACGGCCUUCCAGAACCAUUGACACCCGAUUAUAUCAAUGCAAUCGGUCACUGUCGACGACCAGCAAUUGAGUCACCAUCCAGGGCCAAGGUUCAAGCAGUGGCACCUGCACCUGCCACCUGGGAAACAGUUGCCCAGGACAGAAUUCAUUCUCCGAAUCACGAAGGCAAUCACGCUGAAGGGGGAGCUCUCGACAUCUAUGACCUCCCUAACCUCCUGUCUUUCGAGAUGGACCCGAAUGAAUGGAUCCAGUGGGAGCAGUUAGUUGCGGAACAGGGCAGCUUCGCUCAAGGCGACAGUAUGUAA